UCGCUUGUGUUUUCGACAGCAAGUGAAGGCAGCACAGCAUUGCUUUACUGGGCUCAAGACGUAGCCUCUCCAGCAAAAGUCAUAUUUUGGGAGUAACGCAUUACUUUAAUGUUUGUGCUGUAAUUUAUCCACUCGUCUAGACCACAGAGACGUACACUGAGGACGUUGUGUUGUUUUCUUCAGGUCUUUUGUCAGUGUAAUCAGAAAGAAACUUCCAGCUCAAAUGUGGGAGACUGCGAGCCAAUGGAGAGCAGACUGUAUGGAUACAGAUGAGGCACGAUGCUAGCUAGCUAACAAGCUACUAAGGAAAUGGUGAGCGUCCACAUUAUCUACUGAAGAACAGCAACAGGAAGUCGAUCUACUGACAUGGAGGGCAACGGUGAGAUCAGUGACACUGACAGUGGCAUCAUCCUUCAUUCAGGCUCUGACAGCCCAACAACACAUACGAAGGAUGUGACGACACACACACGGGCCAUGAAGCUCAAACACCAGGCUCUCCAAGACCGACUGGAGCUCUGCAUACUCGAGCUGAAGAAACUCUGCAUCCGAGAAGCUGAGUUGACAGGCCGGCUGUCAGAUGAUUACCCUCUGCUGCCAGGAGAGAAGCCUCCGCAGAUUCGCAGACGUAUUGGAGCUGCGUUUAAACUGGACGAACAAAGCUUCCCUCGAGGGGCAGAGGAGUCAGAGCUGAGUUUAGUGGAUGCUGAGUUAGCGCUUCAGAUGAAGAUAUUCGAGGCAGCGCGCAAGCUCUGUGAGGAGGAUCACCCGAGUAAGGCUGUCAAAAAGAGCCGGUUACAGCAGUGCAGGAGAGCGGAGAAAAAACUCAAACGACUACAAGAGACGGCCUUUCAGCUGCAACUGGAGCAUGGUCGAUCAUCACCACUCCCUGCUUUUAAUAUUGCACAACAAGAUCUGGGUACAUCUGAUGACAGCUCGCUGUCUGAUUCUUUAGUCCAAGAUGAAGAAGUGACAAGCCAGUCAUCACAGCUGUCCUCAGGACUCCUCCAUCCAGGAGAGACUGAUCCUCCCCCUGUGUCCUCACAGUCCUUCAUAGACAGCUCCUGCAUGUCUCCAUCUGUGGCUCCAAAGCCCCUGCCGCUGACCCCAAGCCAGUCUCCCCAUCCAAGCCUUGACUCUACAUUGAGUUUAAACUCAAGCCCCGCAUAUGACCCUCCUCCGAUCCAGCACUCCCCGUGGACAGAGUCUAGUCUCGACCAACCUUACCAGAAGAGCAAGAAGUCACGCUCCUCCAGCAAGACGAGCAGUCCAGCCAAAACUGAAUUGUUGCCACCGUUGGAGGCUUGCUUAGCACAAUCUGCUCUGCCACUGCAACUCUCCCAUCUGAGGCUGAGCCGCACCCAGUCGAACAGCACACCUUCCACACCAGAGAUGCGUGUGCACAGACAACUCUCCCUCAGGUUAUCCAACCCUGAAUCUUCAUUUGAAAAGGACCGUGGUCGUACCAGAGGUCCGAGGAGACGACUGACAGAAUACGCGAUAACUUUACCAGAGACUCCUCCCCCUGCGGCGAUCUAUGGAAAGCAUGCUAGCUCUGAGGAUAGCAACUCUGAACACUCAUUUACAUCUUACAACAGCUCACCGUGUCAGGAGUUGGCCUGUGAUUCGCCCAAACAAUAUCAGUCUGCAUUCCUGCACUCUGGCCCAGUUGGCAGCUAUGGACCUCAAGCCUUCCCACGCACUGGCAUUUACCAUAAUCCCAGGCAGCAGUCCAACGCCAGUUUUCACAAAGCCUAUUACAAUGAAGAAAUGGUCUACCCGCCUGAUCUGGACUUGGCACGGGGCUAUUACACCCAGCAGGCUCCCUGUCCCUCCAACAGAUAUGAGUAUUGGUAUAAAGACGCUGCUGUACCCCACCAGAGAGCACAGAGGCCUUUACCUCCUGAUAUCAGACUCUCCCCCUCCCCAGCUCAAUGGGACCAUCCACACUACCGCUCUAGUGGUCUCCCACAACAAGUAGUGAAUGAGCAGCUCAAGUCAUGGCACUGGCGCAGUCAGCUCAAAGCCCCCAGGUCCCAUUCUCUUGACAGACAGGGAGCAGUCAGAGUUAAAAACAUGUCGGCCCGGGACAUGACCUGCUACCAAAAUCAGAAGUACCAUGAACAGGUUAUCCAAAGAAGGGCUCUCCAAAGAGCUGCAGAUGACACUCAGGGGCACUGGGUUGUAGACGAUGGCUCUCACUUUGUAAGUCAACUGUAAACCAAUGCUGCCUGAACUUGGACUGCAAACUGAACACGUUAACUCAGAGGCUGCAACUGCAUUCAUUCCCAAUUAACCAAAGUGAAGUUAGUCCAAAAAUCAAGUCUGAUAAACUGUUUAUGCCCAUAAAGAAUAACUUUUUUCAUGAUUCCCGUUUGCCUGCCAGCCUGUAUUUGGGCAUACAGAGGGAGGAUGAGAAAACUGGAGCAAUACAAUUACAGUAUGAUGCAAUCUAGUAUAACAAUAACACAAACUACGGCCUCCGAAGUUACUAUAAAGUGGAAUCAAACACCUCUCUGACACAGUCACAGUAAAGCUGAUUGCAGAGCAGUUGUAUUGGAUUUGGAGCACAACUGUACCUGUUGUUUUUGUCCACUCUGUAUGUUGUUUUGUACUAACAGUUACAAUUGAAGCAUUGAACCGAAUGCUUGUUAAAUGUUUCUCAAAAACAGAUAUUAUGAUCGUCGCAGAGUUUGUGUGUCAUUAAAUACAGGGUUAUUUUGAUAUGCGAAGCACUUAUAAGAUGAAAUGGUAAUUGGCAGCAAAGUGGUUAGAGAUAGCAGGAGGUCACACAGAAAUGUCCAAAUUGCACAUUGUAGUUGGAUUUUGAGAAAUGUUUUAAAAUAACUUUUCUCCCGUAAUUUACAAUCAGGCCAUUGUUGACGUUAAUCUCAGAUGAAUUACGAUUUAAUGUAAAGCCAUUGGGUAAACUGUUUUAGGUACUUAAUCAUACAACAUAGUGCUGCAUUAGAAUUUGAGUUAACUUUUUGCAGUUUGGUAGAUGGAGAAUAAAGUUUUCACCUAGCAGUAUGAAGGAAAUAUAUUCAUUGUAAAAUAAUGUAAAUGAGCAACAUGUCCUUUUUUAACUACAUUUUGUGUAUAAUGUUGCCUUGAUUGAGUCACCGUGUUAAUGAUCUUGAGCUUCUUAAAUUUAAGAUUUGUCAAAUUUGACUUGUUUUUUUACUUACAUGUGUCUGUGGCUGUGCAAGUUAACUUAAAUUACUAAUGAACUUAAUCAACUAGUUUAAACUAGAUAUUAACUUACUCACAUGACAUAUAAAGUAGCAAAUUAAGACAAAAGCAGAGUCUUGAUUCUUGGCAGCUAUUAACGUGUUGAAUUGAAAUUUAAAUGUCCUGAGAAUCUUUAUCAGUAUCUGUGUUGGUGCACAAGUGUUUGAUCACUAGACACUAACCUUUUUGUUAGAAUACAAUUUUAACUCUUGAGGUGACCUGUAUUCGAAACAUUGCUAAUAUAUGAUUUACAAGCAAGUCUCCCAAACAAACAAGAUGUUUACGGUUGAUCAUUUGAGAAUGAGAGCAAAUUACUGCAAAUUCAACUACAGCUACACACUGACUGGUCUCUCAGUGAUCUAUUUAUGUGUUAAUUUAUUGUGAGUCAGACUUGAAAUAAAAGAAGACAUGGACCUGAGUUUGCAAAAUCCAGCAGCAGUAAAGUGUGUAGUUGUGUAUAAAAAAACAAAAAAAAAACAAUCAUGUUACCUUGUGUGCCUCUUUUUUACUGUUUUUUUUUUUUAUUUAUCAGUUAAAGGAGUUUAUGUGUUAAGUUUCUGUUUAAACAUCUGUGAAAAUGUUUUCCCUGUGGAAGAAAAUAAAGAGUAAUGUUUGCAUA